AUGCCAUCCCAAAACCCCACCCUCGACAUCCACCACCCCACCGACUUCCCCAUCCGGCAGUUCAUCCUACGCAGCCGCCUCGCCGCCAUCGAAAAGGCCACCACCGCCCACAAGCUCAUCCGCGAGAAACUACUGACCCUGAAAACAGAGUGUAAAGAUGGGCUGACCGAGAACUUCCUCGACGCGCUCGAAAGAGAGCUGAAUCGUGUUAAUCGCGUGCUGGGGGAUUUUUCUAUCGAGUUUGUCAAGGUGGGGGCAGAGAUUAAUGUGUUGGAGAGUGCAGAGGCGAGGAGAGUGUGCGUUCAGGGGAAGGAGGUGCGGAGGAGGUGCUUUUAG